GAGCAGACCUGACACACUGACGAGGUAACUGACUCCGAGUCACAGCUACCGUUGAGUCUAGGUUAAAAACGAGGAGGAUGAAGAUGUGGCUCCUGCUGCUCGGCCUCGCUGUGACCUCUGCUGCCGCUGCUGGACCAGGCAGCUGUGCGGGUCGUUGUGGGGAGGUGUACACCAGAGGUCAGCAGUGCGCCUGCGACUUCAGCUGCCUGCAACACCACGAGUGCUGCCCAGACUUUGAGAGCACCUGCACCACAGCUCAGUCCUGCCUGGGUCGCUGUGGUGAGGCGUUCAGGCGUGGUCAGCCCUGUGACUGUGAUCCUUUGUGCAUCGGUUACAACACCUGCUGCCGUGACUACCGGCUGCACUGCGAUGCCAGCGUGUCACACCCCAGGACCUCCCAGCAUGUGACGGCAGCGUCUGCAGGCAAACGUAAACCACAGAGGAGCAGCAAAGAGUCUAACAGUGAGAGCGAGGAGUGGUUCACAGGUGCGUUCGGCCUCCUUGGCCGUCUACCUGCCCGUUCUGCAGUAUCAACUCAUCAGUUACAACACGGUGUGCUCCCAGCGUCCAUCCCUACGUCUCCAAACUCAGCACGGGGCUCCUCUCCGCAUGGCUAUGGUGCACCUGUGAGCCACGGAGCUCCGUAUGGGCCACAUCAAGGUCUGAGCAGCCCUGCCGCGUACAGGCCCCGACCCAGCACCAUGCAGGAUGGGGCCCAGGCCUUGGGGCUCUCUGUGGUGGAGGGAGGCACAGAAGCACCAGGCAUAGGCUUGUGCAGCGAUUCUCCCAUCAACGCACUGACAGCUCUCAGCAAUGGGACGCUGCUCAUAUUUAAAGGCGAGCUGUUCUGGUCGGUCGACCCCGUCACUCGCACCGUGGGUCCUCCACAGGGAAUCACAGACACUCUGGGCGUCCCUGCUCCCGUCACCACCGUCUUCACACGCAGCAACUGCCACAGAAACACCUACAUCAUCAAAGGAGACCAGCUCUGGCGUUUUGAUGAGAACAUGGUCAUGGAGCAGGGAUUUCCCAAACCUCUAGCUUCUGAAUUCCCAGGAGUGAUGGGAAGAAUCAGUGCUGCACUGGCAGUACCAGCCACCAGGAGCUCACUGGAGACGGUGUACUUCUUUAACAAUGGAGACGUCAUUCAGAGGUUCACCUUCUCACCAGACAGCACUCCGUCCUGCAGCGCUAGAAGCUCUUUGAAGACACAGCUGCCACGAGCAGCUGACGUUCUCCUGAGUGGAGAGAUCAGCAUCAAAGUGUCUCUGAAGGGAUUCCCCAACCCGGUGACGUCAGCUCUGUCCAUGCCCAGCCCCCAAAGGAGCGACAGAUACCACCACUAUGUCUUCACUGGACCACUCUUCUUCAGCGUCCACAUCGCAGACAACUGGCCAGCACCAACCCAACCUGACCCAUCUUCAGUUCUUGUACCUAUCCUCAGCCCGGACGCCAUGGCAACCAACACAAGAACCCAGAGUGUUCACCGGCCACCCAACUCCAUCACAGUCUGGCUGCGCUGUCCCUGAUUGGGAGAUACAGUAACUGCACUUCUUGUUUCCGCUUUAGCACAGCAUGACUUCAGAGUCAAUUGAAAUAAAAGUAGUGAUGUCUCGAUUUUUGUGAAAAUGUAAAGCUUGGUUGCAUUUGAUUGUGCAGUGGGUAAAUACCACCUUUUUAGGCCACAAAUGUGGAGUCCAGAACAGGUGGAGUCAGUGAUGCUUUUGCUGAUCUAUGUUUUAAAGGGUUUUAUGUCACACGUGGAAGGACACUGAAGACAUUUUUAUAUAUUGCUGCUACUUUAUUAUUACAACAUGUUUAUAAACAAAACAAUGAUAAAACAAAAUGUAGAAACUAAAAAGAGCUACUCAUCUGAAUACACCUGACAGAAGAAGUACAACUCACUAACUGCAUUUUAAGACAAGGGUCUGAUGUUUUGCAUUUGAUUGGACCAAAAAAAUAAAU